AUGUGGCUGUGCGAGCAGUUAUCGGACGACCUGGCGCGCGAGAGAGAAGGGCUCACCGUUCAAGAUCAGGUGAUUUCCGCCCUUCGGUUUUAUGCUACCGGUGGCUUCCAAACGGCUGUCGGUAGCGAAGCCACCGUAUCGCUUUCCCAGCCGUCUGUCAGCCGCUGCGUUCGCGCGGUAUCGGAAGCAAUCGUCCGUGUCGGCACCGAACAGCGCUGGGUGUCGUUUCCGCGUACGAGAUCGGAGAUAGCGCUCGUCAAGCAAGGUUUCUUGCGGAGCGGCAACAUCUCUGACGUCGUAGGAUGCGUGGACGGCACCUACAUCGCUAUAGCCGGCCCGGACCUGCCCCCAGCCGAGAAGCAGACGUACUGGUGUCGGAAGGGAUACUACGCGCUGAACACCAUGGUGGUGUGCGACUCGAACAUGCGAGUGCUGGCAAUCGACCCUCGCUUCGCCGGCUCGUGUCACGACGCAUACGUAUGGCGUGGCUCAGCCCUUCGGAGCAUUUUCGCCGACACCCAGAUCGUCCACAGAGGAGAGUUUCUCCUUGGCGACAGUGCAUACCCACUGGAGCCGUGGCUCAUCACGCCGGUUCCGGGACAUCCCGCGCUAUCGUCUCCGGAGGGCCGUUUUAAUCAAGCUCACGCGUCGAUGAGGUCUGUGGUGGAGCGCUGCAUGGGCCUUAUGAAGAGUCGGUUCCGCUGCUUGCAGCGUUAUCGUGCGCUGUAG